CCUAUUUGUCCGACAGCACGUGAAGGCAGCAGGAGUCACGCGUUGUUUGCCUCGGUGCACUGCAAAUAUGGCGGAUGAUGGAGAGUCGCUGGAGUCCUGGCUUAACAAAGCCACUAACCCUUCCAACAGAGAGGAAGACUGGGAGUAUAUAAUGGGGUUCUGUGACCAAAUCAAUAAGGAGCUAGAAGGCCCACAAAUAUCUGUUAGACUGUUGGCUCACAAGAUUCAGUCCCCUCAGGAAUGGGAGGCAAUACAAGCAUUAACGGUUCUUGAGGCUUGUAUGAAGAACUGUGGGCGUAGGUUUCACAGUGAAGUUGGGAAAUUUAGGUUUUUAAAUGAAUUAAUUAAGUUGGUUUCACCCAAAUACCUAGGAGACAAAGUAUCAGAAAAGGUGAAGUCGAAAGUGAUCGAGAUGCUGUACAGUUGGACUGUUUCUCUACCAGAUGAAGCAAAGAUCUAUGAAGCAUAUCAGAUGCUGAAGUCUCAGGGUAUUGUUUUAGUUGACCCAGAAGUCCCUCUUGAUGCCACGUUAAUACCGUCACCUUCCCCGCGACCCAAGAAUCCUGUGUUUGAAGACGAGAAGAAGAGUAAGAGAUUAGCUGAGCUGCUAAAGAGCAAAAAGCCCGAAGAUCUGCAAGAGGCCAACCGGCUGAUCAAGAAUAUGGUCAAGGAGGACGAAGUGAGAACGCAGAAAGUGACAAAGCAAAAAAGCACACUCGAGGCAGUCAACAACAGUGUCAAACUCCUUAAUGAGAUGCUUGCUCACUUCAGCCCAGAAGACUCCACGGAAGGAGACAAGGAGCUCAUCAGGGAGUUGUAUGGUGAUUGUGACAAGCUUAGGCAAACUGUGUUUCAGCUCGCUACUGAGACUGAGGACAAUGACAGCAGCUUGGGAGCCAUCCUGCAGGCCAGUGAUGACCUCUCCCAUGUCAUUAAUUCCUAUAAGGAGAUUGUGGAUGGACAGACCAUCAAUGGAGAGACUGAGGAAGCACAACAAACAGUCAAACAAGGCACAGGUCGCACGAACCAGUCAGAGAUUCUGAUUGACCUGGUGGGUCUGGAUGCCCAGAGCUCUUCUCCACCACAGCAGCAACCCCCAGCAUCUUCUCUGUGUUUUCCUGCUGACCUGCUGAGUGGGUCUGCUGCAGCUGACCUUCGGUCCCCGAGCCCCAGUGCACCCUCUGCAGCUCUCUCUCUGUUGGAUGAAGAGCUACUAUCCUUAGGCCUCAGUGAACCCGUUCCUGUAGUAAAUAAAUCAACUGCACCAAUACAUGCAAACCAGAGCAAUCGUUUGUCAUCUUUAGAGGAUACCAGUCAGGAUUUACAUCUUUUUGACACUACUUCGCCUUCGGGUCCUACAUUUUCUACAUCUUCACUUUUUCCAGAUGCCCAAUCUGCAACAGUAUCCCCAGUCAGCCCUACAAAGCCUUCUGCAACUGCCUCUGCCUUAAGCUUCCAUGGCCCUGUCUUCUCAGCACCAUCGGAUUUUACAGAAUCUGUCUCAACAACAUCAGUCAUAUUUCCACAGUCCCUUAGUUCAGUAUUGACCACCUUGGCCCCGACUGCUCUUCCUCAGUCAUUCAGCAUGGCCGUACCCACUCCCUCAGCCGCCCAUGUCACUCCACAACAGAUCUCCACCUCACCGAGGGCUUCCCACUCUCCCACAGCUUCUCUCAAUCACAAUCUACAAGACCUUACCUUGCUGGAUCUGGGCAGUCCUAAAAAAACACCUGAUGCGAUGGACUUUGGCAGCUUGCUGGGCAAGAGUGAGGAUCUGUGCGCUCCUGCUAUCCUGUCUUCCAGUCUUGGUGUCUCCUCUGCCACAUCCACCUCACUGCGCAUAGGAGGGCUGCAAGGAGGCUCCACUCCCCCACCUGCCAAGAGUCAGGCAAAUGACAGCCCUCUGUUACGUUCACUGUCCCCCAUCCUCCCUCUGAGCCAGACCAGUCCAGACAGGGGAAAGGAAGUGUCCCUGGCCAAUGUCUUUGUCCCUUUGGAUGCCAUCAAGCCAAGUGAAGUGUGUCCUGUGACAGCGUAUGACAAAAAUGGUGUCCGUGUUUUGCUGCAUUUUGCCACUGAUUGUCCACCGGGCAGGCCUGACGUACUGGUGAUAGUGGCGUCCAUGCUUAACACAGCCCCACAGCCUGUCAGGAGCAUUGUUCUGCAGGCUGCUGUACCCAAGACGAUGAAAGUGAGACUGCAGCCACCCUCAGGGACAGAGCUGGCUCCUUUUAACCCAAUCCUCCCCCCCGCUGCCAUCACUCAGGUCAUGUUGCUUGCCAAUCCUCUCAAGGAGAAGGUUCGGAUGAGAUACAAACUGACAUUCACAUUGGGAGAUCACCCACUCACAGAGGUGGGGGAGGUGAAUGAGUUCCCGCCUGCUGACAGAUGGGGUGCUCUAUAGCCCCGCCUACCCCUUUAGGAUGGCCAGACACUACAAGACUUCCUUAAUUAGUCUGUCAGUGCAGCUCAGAAGUCAAAAGAAACGGCAGUGUUGGAAAACUUUUAGGGAAAUUUUGAAGAAUAGAAUAUAAACUUUAUUGGAGCUUGAAGGAGUUUUUCUGCUUGAGAUGUUCCCACCGAAGUAGCCAACGUCCCGUAGCGUACACCCCACCUAAACUUUACUAUAUUGCCAGAGGUAGUCAGUGUGGUGCAAUAAGAAAGGGUGUGAACUGGCUGAACGGGGAUGAUGGUUAUGUGGGAAAAUAUUGAUAAGUUAUUAUUAAGUUGUUACUUUUAUUAUACCCUUUUGCUCUCAUUUUAAUGUUGAUGUUUACUGCUGUCCCUCAGUCAUAUCAGAACUGACUGGAGAAUACUUGCACUUUUGGAUGCCAGACAGUCUUAAUAUGGAGCACAAACGCAAAUUGAAGGAAAUUGUGAAGCCAGGGUCACAUGAACAUGUGACCACAUCCUGCAUUUCACAUGAUUUGCUGCAGACAAUGUAGGAUAACAAUGUUUUACGCUGAAGACAUUGGAUUAAGCAGACAAGAGCCCCUUUGUUGCUAAAUAAAAGGCACUCAUAGGUUGGCUCAUUAGAAAUCAGUUACUCUCAGUUCACUGCUUCCAGUAUGGCUCACAAUUACUACUGAAUAGUUUGACUUGUCUUCUGAGUUCUAUAAUAACUCAUAGGUCAGACUCUUGUUAUGCUUUUUCAUCUUUCAGUAUUUAUUGUUGCGGAUGUAUUAUUUAUAUUGGUUAGGGGAGGAAGGUAUCAGAUCUGUUAACUUUACUGUAUGAUAUUGCAAUCGAUAACUUUUUUCCUUCUGCAUACUCUUCUUAUGAUGCACAUUGUCAGUAUUGCAGUAAGAAAGGCACAAAUCAGUAGUGGUAAUGUUUUCCAAAUAUUCAGACAGACAUUUUAUAAUAUGUUACAUUAUGUAGCAACAGUGGGGUGAACUCUGGAUCGUAUUUUAGUAUAAAAAUGUAAUUCCUGCUAAAGAAAACAGCAGCCUUGUGCCAGAGGAAUUAGCCCCUUUUCCUUGGCAGGUACAACAUGAGCUAUUAAGGGCAAGGAUGAACUAUAUAUAUUAAGUGGAUGUGCUUAAGGAAGUGCAGACCAGCCGAUCAUUAGAUCCUGGACACAGAAAGGCAUAUUGUUUGAAGUUUAUUAAAUGCCAUGUAUAGCUAUGCCCUUACUCCAGCUGUUCGACACAAGUUGUGGAAUGGGUAGAUUAUUUUUCCCUGGGUCAUUUGUAAAUGUUUAGCUUGUGUGGGAGAUUUCCAUAUCAAACAAGAAAAAUGUUUCCUCAAGUAAGCCUCGAGAAAAUAUAUAAAUAGAAAAAAAUUUGUUGGUGGCAUUAGGUUUAAUAUGUGUUCAUCUAAAACUGUGUUAUCUUUAUUUUUGGCUUUCUGGGGCUAUUAGUGCUAGAUAGGAGAUUCUCUACAUAUUUCUUAUAAAAUUAUUUAUUUGUCUUAGAUUGUUAAAGGAACAUGUUGUUACAUAUUUUUUGAAAAGCUAUUUCUGUGCAUGGGAAAAUAAAGAAUGAGAUGGGCCUG